AUGACAGUCGUGCAAUAUAUCCCUGGAGUAACCAGUACCAUGCCUCACAAAAUUGAGGAAAUCAAGGACUUCCUGCCCACCACCAUGAGGAAGUAUGCCAAAUUUGUCAAGAUCAGGACAAAUAAGGAUAAUGUGACGUUUAAAGUUCAAGGCAGCAUCACAGAAAAAGAGAAGGUAGAGAAACUGAAGCAUUUCCUGCCCCCAGAUUUGUUAUUGAAGGAGCUUAAAUGA